AUGACUGCUCUACACCAGGCUGUGUUGGCUGAUGACAUCGGGGCGCUGGAUAUCUUACUGGACAAUAUUGUGAAGCUGGUGGAGGUGACAGAUUCAUCAGGGAACAAUGCCCUGCACUAUGCUGCGUGGCACAACAGAGUACAUAUGAUAUCCAUGUUGCACAACAAAAACUCCACUCUAGCAUAUAGGAAGAACAUUGAGCAGCAUACCACUCUACACAUGGCUGCUAAGUAUGGCUCAGUAGAGGCUGCCAGGGAGCUCAUGAAGCAGUGCCCUAAUACUGUUGAGAUGGUGGAUUUAUGUGGGAGAAAUGCUUUCCACAUCUCCAUCAUCAACAACAAGUUAAGAGUGCUCAAGUUGCUUCUUGAGUAUGAGCUGCCGGAGGAGAUCUUGAACAAACAUGAUAAUGAUGGCAACACUCCGCUGCAUCAUGCUGCCAAGCUCCACCAAGGGCCAAUACUGUGGUUAUUACUCAAUGAUCUGAGAAUCAACUCAUACAUGAUUAACAAUGAAGGGCAUACUCCAUGGGACGAUCAGAUUCUGAUAGAGCCCAUGACCCGAGAUUUGAGUGAUGCAAUUGACAAAGGAGACAUGCUAAGCCUGGUAAAUUUCCUUGCUUACUACCCGGAAAGGGUUUAUUCGGUGACACCCAUAAGAGGACACACGUCCCUCCACCUCGCAGCAUCAAAAGGAGAUGAUUGGUUCGUUCAUCAUGUGCUUCUCUAUACGAACCGGAAUGUGGGGUUCAUUACUAGUAAGAACAGUGAUGGGGAUACACCAUUGCACCUGGCCGUGAGAGCAGGCCAUUUGGAAGUGGUACAUCAUUUGAUGCGCUAUUUGGCAUGGGCUAGGGAAAUCGAGCCCAACUUAAAGUUAAAGGAACCACUAAUAACUCCGGGCAGGAAAGGGAACACCUUGCUGCAUGAAGCAGUGAUACAUGGUAGGCACCUUGUGGCAGGCAGCCUGCUAAAUAGUUGCAAGGAGAUUAAAUUGACGGCUGCUGGAGAAUUUAUCAAGGAAUACCCUGAGUGUGCUGAUUUCUCAAGUAUAUAUGAUGUAUUCCUCAUCAUUAGGAAUGAUGAUGGGGACACAGCGCUGCACCUUGCAGUUAAAGCUGGAAAUUCUGUAUUUGUCGAUAUGCUGAUCAAGUGUGCUAAAGUGAUGAACCUGGAACUUACGACUCGAUAUGCAGAGGGGCCUAUAACAAUCGCAAACAAACUAGGAAACACCCCAUUGCACGAUGCAGUGCUGCAGCGAAAGUCGGAUGUUGCACUUAAGCUGCUGGAGGCCAACCCAAGCUGUGCGCACAUGUUGAAUGCAGCAAUGCAGUCACCGUUCUACAUUGCUGUUCGGGACAGCCUUACAUAUGUUGUCAAGAAGAUUGCCGACCAGGGGUUGUACGUGGCUUUAAUGUCCACUCACGGCACUGUUCUGCACCAAUCCGUGUUGGGGAAUAACAUCCGGGCGCUGGAGAUCUUGUUGGACAGGUAUGAGGAGCUUGUGGAGUUGACAGAUUUAUUAGGGAACAAUGCUCUGCACUACGCUGCACAGCACAACAACGCACGCAUAGUAUCCAUUUUGCUCAACAAAUACUCCAAUCUAGCCUACAAGCAGAAUGACGAGAAGCAUACUCCUCUACACACAGCUGCUUACUAUGGCUCGGCAGAGGCUGCUAAAGAGCUAUUAAAGCAGUUUCCUGAUGCCAUUGAGAUGGUGGAUAAUACAAGGCAAAGUGCCCUCCAUAUAGCCGCCAGAAAUGACAAGGUGGACGUGCUUGAAUUGCUUCUCAAGUAUGUGCUGCCGGAGGAGAUUGUGAACCAACAGGAUAGGGACGGUAACACACCGCUGCAUCAUGCCGCCAAGCUCCUGAAUAGACAAUCAACAAUGUUACUACUCAAUGAUCGGAGAGUCAAACCGUGGCUGCUUAACCAAGAUGAAGAUACAGCGUUUGCCCUUUCUUGUAGAGCAGGAAUAUUUGAGAUGAACGUCGAUGAGAUUUAUAUGACUAUGGAUCAAGAUACAAGUUCAGUAAUAAUACUACAAAAAUAA